GACUUGGCCCGGCCAACAACAAUCAUCAGUUAAAUUUUUCCAACAGAACCGUUCAUAUCUACAUUGGCUCGAGGCUUGGAAUUCUAAACGUGAAGGAGAGACAAAGGAUAAUUACAAAAAAAUAGAAAAUGCUUACAAAGGUGUUAUCAUUUCUGCUGGUAGGCUGUGUGGCCCUUUGCUCGGCCCGUCCCGGCUAUUUGCAUGGACAUCACCAUCACUUGGAUUAUCCUUACUAUGGGCAUCAUGAGCCCCUGCAUGUGGCCAAAUAUGUCCAUGUCCCUGCUGCAAUUUCCCACCAAAGUUCGACAGUAAUACACAGUGCUCCGAUUAUCAAACCUGUCGUGGUGCCCGUUGUCAAACAUGUUGUGCCCAUUGUAAAAACAUAUCACCCGGCGCCCAUUAUCAAGACCAUCCAUCCCCUGCCAUUGCACUAUGAUCCUUAUCAUCAUCAUUUCGAUCAUCAUCAUUUCCAUUAAAUCCGGCCCAGCAACGCGAAGA